GAAAGCGCCCAGCCGGCCGGACAGGCACGAUUAGGCUGUAACUUGGACACCUUGGCAAGCUGUGUCCCUCAACACCAUUCCAGCCUAGUUCGAGGUCGAGGGGUACCUCAAAACAUCAUCCAAUAUUUACCACCGGGGAAACGACCUUCCCAGUUCCCCACGAGUCUGCACCCAGUUCGGCGAGGCGUCAAUUACUCUGAGCUCGCCAUGACCUCUGCCUUGGGUUUCUCAGGCUGUUUCCGGACCAUCUACCGCGCGGCCUUAGUGCCUUAUUGCGACUGAGAGAAAGAGCAGAAUAUGGACUACAGCGCGCCCUCGGCAGCACUUUGGCCCGGCCAACCCCCGUCUCCCGAGAAGUCCAGCCAAAUUCUCAUCCGCGAAUACCCUCACCGAGCUAUUGCAAUCGCUUCAAAUUCUCACGCCUUGAUCCUGCGACACAGCGCAACAGCAAGCGAAGGUUUUGGCAAUGGGUUUCUUGCGUCAGUGUCAUCGGGCCGCCAGCGGCCAGCUGCCUCUGACAGUAACGUUUCCAAGUGCAUGGUGGAAUUCUCUCCAACCUCGGGAAACUUGCUUAACGACUACCGCCCGCUAACGCCGCGACCGAUUUACGGAACCCUGGGCCUGAUAUCGAUUGAGCGGGAUGUAUUCCUCUGCGUCAUAACCCAAGCGUCGCGGGUCGCAACGCUGCGCCCUGGCGAGACGGUGGAAAGAAUAGAGGCUGUGCAGUUCUUCUGCCUCAAUUCGUCCGAAUACGAUGAUGUCGUUUCUCCCGAUCCUUACGACGUGGACUCCGAUGCGGCCUUGGGAUACGGGCAAGGACUGAGCCGAAGAGAGACGCCAACGGAACAACACCCUUGCCAGGAGUUACAGAAACUCCUCGGGAACGGAACAUUCUAUUAUAGUACCGACUUUGAUGUCACGAACCGCAUGCAAGAUAGGCCGGCCGAUGCUGCGGAUUUUGACAUAGACAACUUUGACGAAUCAUUUCUCUGGAAUUCUUACAUGAUACAACCACUUGUGUUGUUUCGCUCUCGACUGCAGAAGGCGGAACGGGAGGCGCUGGAUGCUUCGCGGAUACUAACUUCUGCGAUUCGCGGUUUCUGUAGGAGUUGGGCCAUCCCACAGAGUGCAGCACCUCUUAGUGCUGCAAAGACGGGCCUGCCAUCUUACUUGACUAUCAUAUCGCGAUUGUCAUGUCGCAGAGCCGGCACGAGGUUCAACUCCCGGGGCAUCGACGACGAUGGGAACGUGGCCAAUUUUGUCGAGACAGAGACAAUUUAUUGGAGUCCUUCCGGAGUUGUUUUCUCCUAUGCUCAAGUGCGAGGCUCAGUACCCGUCUUCUGGGAGCAGGCUGCUGGUCUUCUACCCAACCAACAAAAAAUCACCAUCACCCGCUCUGCUGACGGGACUCAGCCAGCAUUCGACAAACACUUCUCAGAGCUGGAACAAGCAUAUGGCGCCGUUCACGUUGUCAAUCUUCUCAGUGCCACAAAACCCGGCGAGUAUGAGCUCACCACUCUCUAUCGACUCGGUAUCCAAAACUGCCCUCUUAGCAGGCAAGUGGGCAACCAGUCUCGGGAUCAUGCGUUGCUCAGGGAGACCGAGUAUGAUUUCCAUGCCGAGACCAAGGGCCCGCAGGGCUACGUCGCUGCCAACGAGAUCCGUCGGUACAUCGAACAUUCAGCCGACGGAUUUGCGUACUAUCUUGCCCAAGAGUCGGAUGAUGGAGAGCAGCUUGGCGGCGGCUUAAACGGCCACAAGAAGGCCCGUUAUGUUGUGGUGCUGCAGCAAGAAGGUGUCUUUAGGACCAAUUGCCUUGACUGUCUAGACAGGACAAACCUCAUUCAGACAAUCAUCUCACAAAUGGCUGUGGAAUCCUUCCUUGGCCACAGAGGGGAGAGAGCACCAUCUGACUUCUGGUCUCGGCAUGCCAACCUGUGGGCCGACAACGGCGACUCCCUGUCCAAGAUUUAUGCUGGAACCGGCGCCCUCAAGUCGUCAUUCACCCGCACCGGCAAGAUGUCUCUUGCUGGUGCCAUUGCCGAUGUCCGAAAGUCGGCCACCAGACUCUACUAUAAUAAUUUUGCCGAUAAAGCGCGGCAAAUCACCAUUGAUACCUUGCUUGGGAGAUUAGUCGGCCAGACCCCCGUCGUUCUCUUCGACCCUAUCAGUGACUAUGUGGCUGGCGAGCUGCAACGGCGGAGCACUGAGUUUUCCUCAAACGAGAAGAUUCACAUCUUCGUGGGAACCUUCAACCUCAAUGGGCGGACCGACGGCAUCAACGAGGAUCUGUCUCCCUGGCUCUGCCCCCCCGAAUUGGGGUCUGUUCAGCCUGAAAUCAUCGCCAUUGGAUUUCAGGAGAUCGUCGAGCUUAAUCCACAGCAAAUCAUGAACAGCGACCCCUCGAGAAAACAACUGUGGGAGCGAGCCAUCAAAAGCACGCUGGACCGUCACUAUAACAGAGAAGGGGACGAUAAGUACGUCUUGCUGCGGAGUGGUCAACUUGUUGGCGCUGCAUUGUGCAUCUUCGUGAAGGCUUCAGUCCUCCAUAACAUCAAGAACGUGGAAGGCAGCGUCAAGAAGACAGGGAUGUCAGGCAUGGCUGGCAACAAGGGGGCGGUUGCCAUACGACUCGACUAUGCAAACACCCCUAUCUGCUUUGUGACGGCACAUUUAGCAGCCGGUUUUGCCAACUAUGAAGAAAGGAAUAGAGACUACGCCACUAUCGACCAAGGCCUCCACUUUCAGAGGAAUAGAGGGAUAGCGGACCACGAUUCUGUCAUCUGGUUUGGCGACUUCAACUACCGGGUUGGACUUGGCCUCGAAGCAGCUAAAGAUGCGGUGAAGAGGCGUGAUCUCGAUCGGCUGUUUGAAAAUGAUCAAUUGAACCUGCAGAUGGUGGCCGGACUGGCUUUUCGCUUUUAUUCCGAGGCUCGGAUCACAUUCAUGCCGACCUACAAAUAUGAUAUCGGAACCGAUGAGUUUGACAGCUCCGAGAAAGCACGUAUUCCGGCCUGGACCGACCGCAUCUUGCGCAAGGGAUCAAACCUGCGCCAGCUGGCUUACAACUCUGCGCCUCUCCGUUUCUCCGAUCACAGGCCAGUUUACGCCCUUUUCGAGUGUACUGUCAACAUCGUGAAUGAAAAGCUGCGGGAUAAAAUCAGUCGAGAGGUCUACGACCGACGAAAAGCCGAAGUCGGGGGCGGUACGGCGAAUUUAGCUCAAAAUGAGUCGGAUGACGAGGACCUGAUAGGAUACGAUGCUAUCGAGCCUGGUCUCCCGCCGGCGAGUUCCGACCGUCAGAAAUGGUGGCUAGACAACGGAAAGAUGGCGAAGUCUUCCAUCAAUCCGCCCAAACCAGACAAUCCGGGCUCACAAAUCAUCCUGAACCCGAAGCGGCCGACCAACCCUUACGCCCCCACAGACGAGCCGGACUGGGUCAGCGUUCCUCGGUCCGAGUCUAGGUUGUCGUCGUUUUCUAGUAUGUCAACUUCUCCAUACGAACACGUCAACCAUUCUACGCUACUCUCGUCUUCCGCAUCGAGCUCGGCCCCGAGAAAGUUGCCACCUCCGUCCGAGCCGUCAGCGCUGUCAACCAAAGUAGGAAGGAUGCAGAUCAGCGAGGACAGCAAAAGCUUGCAGGGUGAUGGGGCACCUCCGCCGCCGCCGCCACGAAGGCAGGCUACUAUGGGCACUGGGCCGACGACCAGCCCCUCGCCUUCUUCCGUUCAGCCGAAGCGAAAACCGGUACAUCAGGCAACACCGGCUCCGCCUGUUGGGCCAAAGCCAGGUGCACUUCAAGAGCAGCCGGCAAAGCAGAAGACCGCACCUCCAGUUGCGAAGAAGCCUGCUCAUCUCGCCGCCCCGACCUCUUCAGCAAGCAGCGCCUCGCGCAGCUUCACCUCGGAUGCGACCGUGAACGGUCUGAAAGGAUCGGCAAGCGAUCUCCUUCGACAGUCAGCAACUAACAUGAACGGUUCGUUGUUUGAGCUGAGCCGUAGCAAUACCUCCCCACCAGCAAGGGACGGCAUCGAAAGGGGGCACACCCCGCCGCUACAGCCCUCCCGGCGGACAAACAGCAGCGCGGGCGGCGUUACGCCGAGCCGGAUGGUGGCCGCGGGGGGAAUUCCACUUGUUGGUUUAGCCGGGCCAUCGGAUCGGAAGCCACAGUUGCCAGCUAGGAAACCGACUACUCCUUCUUCAGCGGUCUCGAUCCAAAAGCAGGCGCCGCCUCCUCCCCCAGCGCCGAGGAGAACGCCGGCGAUUGAUCUGUUGGGGGACGAUGAGGCGAUAGAGGUGAGCGGGUGGGAGGCUCUGAAACCUUCCUCUUAGGAAGAGCUUGAAGGUUUCUCAAGCAUCUCGUUUGGUCGACGGCGUUUGGGGUCCGUUUGGGGUUUCUCCUAGAAGGCGCGCUGGCUGGUACCAUCAAGAGCGCCCGGUUGUCUGGAAACGAGGCGUCGCGGUUCACAGUAGAAAGUUAAACAGAUGGCUACAGAAAAGGUGCAAUUCUAGAGUUGGCUUCUGGAUGAGGUUCACGGCGAAUGAAUGAAGAGAAAGUCCCAGGAAAUGGCUGCUUCACCCAAGUACAUACAUCACUUAUGUAUCGUACAUAUAUAUAUAUAUAUUAUGCUCUGGGAAUGAGCUGCAGCUUGUUCGCAUUCGAGCUAAUUCUUCGUCAUAC